AUGAGUACGGAAGCAGUAAAUGAGAGUUUAGAGGAACAACAGACCCAAGGAAUGGAUUUAUCAAUGAGUAAUCAAACAGAAUCGAAGAUUGACAUAACAAAUGAUACAAUUGAGGAUAAAAGUGUAACUCCAUCGCCAGUAGCACUUCCAGUAAAGAAGAAGAGAAAGAAAUCCAAGAAAAUUAAGAGAAGUGCUGAAUAUCCAAAGUUUUAUAGAAAUGCGUAUGUUCGAUAUUGCGAUGAAGUACGUCCAAAAGUAUGUGAAGAGAAUCCAGCACUGGAUUCUGUUGAAAUAACAAAGCUAGUUGCUAGUAAAUGGUACACAUUACCUAAGGAAGAUAAACAGCCAUACCUAGAUCAUGCUAAGAUUGAUAAAGAUCGAUUUGAAUUGGAACUAAAAGCAUACAAGACAUUAAAUCCAGAUGAAGUCACAGAAGAGAAGCAACCGGCAAAAAAGCGAAAAGUCAGCAACAAAAAGGAAGUUAAUGAUGUUAAAAGCAAGGAAGAGUCAACUAAUAAUCAUGUUAAUCCUGAGAAUCCAGAACCAGCCAAGCCAUCAACGUCAGCUGCGCCGAUUCCAAUACCAUCAACAUCCUUUAACAUGCCUAGUUCCAGUAGCUUUUUACACGUUCCUGCUCGACCAUCGAUAAGUCAAAAUAGCAUGAAGAUUGAUGAGGAUAUACUGAAAGUUCUAAUUGGACAGAACUGUGAGGUUCCAAUAUUUACAGAUACAUUCUUAGAACACAAUAAAGUCAUUGAGUCGGAACUUAAGGUUCUGAGAAAGAACAAUAUUGAAAUUGAGCAGCAAAACUCAGUUUUAAUGAAGCACAUCGAGAAUAUGCAGAAUGGGGUAUCAAAAGUUGAAAUGGAAAUAGCUGAAAAUCGUAAAAGGAACAUGCAGCUUGAAGUGUAUUUAACUAAAUUGCGUGUAAUCCUCUCAGCAAACUUCAAUUCAUUGCAAAUUCCUGGUUGGAAAGGCGGAGCAACCGUCGAAAAUGUCGACAAAUAUAUAACUGAUCUGGCAAAAGUUACGUCCAAUAAUACAUUGAACAAAGCUCGUGAUAUAAUUAAGAAAAUUGAUCUCCAAAUUUAA